ACGCUUUGAUGUUCAAAUAGUAUUUUUAAAUAACGGCUAUUCAAUCAAUUUUAUAACAGAACAUGUUGAGCAAUUGUUCCAAGAUUUUCAUAUUUCCAAUUGGAAAUCAAAUUUAAAUCAAAAUACCUAUGAUAAAAUGCGUGAAGAAAUUAUCGAGUAUGAUCAACAACAUCAAGAAAUGAAAAUAAAACAACGAUGAAAACAACCAAGAGAACAACUAUGCUACAUUACAUCUGAUUUAAAUGAAGAAGAGCUAUACGAUUUUCAACAAAAUAUUAAAACUUUAUGGAAAGACUAUUUGAAAAAUCAACCACAACUCAAUAAUAUAAACAUUGAAGUCAUUCAUCGACCAAAAUAUCGACGGAACACAAAAUGGCUGUCUAUAAUUAUGAAAUUCAGAAUUUUUUUUGUUUCUUUUGUUAUACAUUAAGUAGAUGGUUUUUUUGUAAACUUUAUUAAAACUAGAUAUCACAUAAUUGUUGACUCCUACUUUUUCGAGAUUUAAUGUUUUCUCUUUGCAUUUUAGAUAUUUAGUGUUCUGUAUAAAUGAAUUAUAUUGAAACAAACAAAACAAUGACAACAACGAAAUCAAUUUUAAAAACACCAAGUGAAGAUGCUCAAGGUCACUAGCAUGAAUUACUUUCACCAAUACAAGUGUUGACUGGACAACAGCAAAUACAGGAACCAGCACAAGCACAGAAAUGUGAAGAGGUAAAACGCAAGAAAAAAAGCCGCGGUGAUCGAAAAGCACAACGUCGAUGUGGACGACUUCAUCAAAAAGGUUUAGAUCUAGAUAGACACACUGAUUUAAUUCAGUCAAACGUGAGCCUUCAGAAAAACCAGAAACAAAUGAAAGAAGAUGCUAAUGAUCAUAUACAGGUCAAUGUACCAGUUGAUCAAGUAAUAUCUACCUUUCUUAUUAGUAAAAGAAUCAAUCAAACGUAAAAGAAAUGAAAUAUCAUCAAAACAAUCAUCAAAUACAAUUGAUAAGUCUUUAAGUCAAUUAUCUAUUUCUCAACCAUCACGAAAAAAACAAAAGAUGGCCAAUAAUGAAAUUGAACAAAUAACUACAAAUGGAACAUUAGACAAGAAACGUUCAAAAUCUAAAAAAAGAAAUUAA